AUGAAGUACUUUUAUUUAUAUGCAAAAAGUAUAAAAAAAAUUGACGACAGUGUUUGUAUUGGUGCAGUGAAUGAAUACAAAGAUGCUUUUCUAGAAAUAUUUACUACCUCGCCUCUUAACAAUAAAGCUUUAUGCGCAGUAGGAUUUCAAUGUGAAUCACAAUUCGAUUUUUCAAUUUUCCAAUGGAAUGUGACCUUGCCUGAUAAACCGAAACCAACGCCACGACCACCACAACCGCCAUCGCCAGAAUCUCCUAAAUUAACCGUACUUCAUCUAUCCGAUAUUCAUGUUAAUUUUGCUUAUAAACCAGGAUCAUUAGCUAAUUGUCAUGAACCACUAUGCUGUCGAGCAGGUCAACCUUCGGCUAAUGAGACAGGUGCUGGUUUUUGGGGUGAUUAUAGAACUUGUGAUCUACCCUAUUGGACAGCUGAAGCUUUACUCAAACAUAUUGUUGAAAUGGAAAAUAUCGAUUUCAUCUAUUAUACUGGUGAUUUGCCACCUCAUAAUGUAUGGAAUCAAUCACGUUCGGAUCAAUUUUAUUCAAUACGAACUAUAAAUCAAUUGUUAACAACACUUUUUCCGAAUAAAAAAUUCUAUUCCGCAGUUGGCAAUCACGAAGCAGCACCAUAUAAUAUGUAUCCAACACCAAACAUUCGAUCCGAUAAUAUAUCUUGGUUAUACGAAGUAUUAGCUGAUAAUUGGAUUAAACUUGGCCUACUGUCGGAUACUAGUGACAGAAUUUUACGUGGUGCGUUCUACACAACAUUAGUACGACCAAGUCUACGUUUAAUUUCAUUGAAUAUGAAUUAUUGUGCUCAAGAUCAUUUUUGGUUAUAUAUAUGGGUGCCGGCUUAG